CUUCCUACAAUGUGUGGGUCUCUUGGGAGCAACUAACCAAGCAUAGCUCUCAUACUCUUGAGCAACCAACUUCUUUCUUCUCUCUUUCAUGUGUCUGUGUCAGAACAUUUCUCAUUCAUAAAUCUCAAUCAGAUUCUUCUAACAAUUUCACUCCCUCACACAAUCGACCCUCAAAUCAAAACCAUCCCCCCCAAAAAAAAAUCGCAUUUUUCCAUUUCUUUCUCUUAACUUUUCUCUCCACCACCAUGGCUACUACAAUAACAGAGCAUGAGUCCUCAUCAAGUACUUCGCAGGUCCUCAACUACACCCCCACUACCACCACCUCCGACGAGGAGGAGGAGGAGGAGGAGGAGAAGGAGCAUGGAGAAGACAACGAGAACGACUCCGCCGGCAUGGGAUGGUGGUCAUCGGCAGCGUGCGACGGCGCGGGACGGAGGGCGUUGGGGAAGGUGUUGGACCCGAGGGAGAAGUGGGUCCAGGAAUGGAACAGAGUGUUCCUGCUAGUGUGCGGCGCGGGGUUGUUCGUGGACCCUCUGUUCUUCUACGCGCUCUCCGUUAGUGACUCGUGCAUGUGCGUGUUCGUUGACGGGUGGCUCGCCGUUACCGUGACGGUGCUGCGGUGCAUGACGGACGCGCUUCACCUGUGGAAUAUGGUGAUCAGAAUGAAGAUGGCCAAACGCGCGUUCGGGUUGGGCGCCGCCGCCGGACUCAGAGAAACACGGCCGCGCACCGUCGCGCUAGGGUAUCUUAAGUCACGGACGGGAUUCGUUUUUGAUUUGUUCGUGAUUCUUCCUCUGCCACAGAUAGUGCUUUGGGUGGCAAUUCCGUCGUUAUUGGAGAAAGGUUCAGUGACGUUGGUGAUGACAGUGUUCUUAAUCAUAUUUCUGUUCCAAUACCUUCCCAAAAUUUAUCAUUCUGUUUGUCAUCUACGACGCACGCAAAACCUCUCUGGCUACAUUUUUGGAACAGUUUGGUGGGGAAUCGCCCUUAACAUGAUAGCUUAUUUCGUUGCUUCCCAUGCAGCAGGAGCAUGUUGGUACUUGCUGGGGAUUCAAAGGGCAGCACAGUGUCUGAAAGUGCAGUGCGGAAAAACAAGUGGUUGUAGCACAAACAUUUUGUCAUGUCAAAGCCCUGUAUACUAUGGAAGCAAGAGUUUGUUAGUUAGGGAUAGAGCAAGGUUGGCUUGGGCAGAGAACAGGGACGUGUGGCACACAUGCUUGAAGGGCCCUGACAGUUACAACUAUGGAGCUUAUAGAUGGACCGUUCAGCUCGUCACUAAUGAUAAUCGUUUGGAGAAGAUACUUUUCCCUAUCUUCUGGGGCCUAAUGACUCUUAGCACCUUUGGAAACCUAGAAAGUACAACAGAAUGGCUAGAAGUAGUUUUCAACAUCAUUGUGCUGACCAGUGGCCUUCUUCUUGUAACUAUGUUGAUCGGAAACAUCAAGGUAUUUUUGCAUGCAACAACGUCAAAGAAGCAAGCAAUGCAAUUGAAGAUGAGGAACAUUGAAUGGUGGAUGAGGAAACGAAGGUUGCCACAAGGGUUUCGACAACGUGUGCGUAACUAUGAGAGACAACGUUGGGCGGCCAUGAGAGGGGUUGAUGAAUGCGAGAUGACCAGAAAUCUUCCUGAAGGUUUAAGAAGAGACAUCAAGUACCAUCUUUGUCUAGACUUGGUUAGACAGGUGCCUCUGUUUCAACACAUGGACGAGCUGGUUCUUGAGAACAUCUGUGACCGUGUGAAGUCUCUGAUAUUCACAAAGGGAGAAACAAUAGCAAGAGAAGGAGACCCAGUUCAGAGAAUGCUGUUUGUGGUGAGGGGUCACCUUCAAAGCAGCCAAGUCCUAAGAGAUGGUGUGCAGAGUUGCUGCAUGUUAGGGCCAGGAAACUUCAGUGGUGAUGAGCUUCUUUCAUGGUGUUUGAGGAGACCCUUCAUAGAGCGUCUUCCACCAUCUUCAUCCACACUCAUAACCUUGGAAACCACAGAGGCUUUUGGCCUCGAAGCCGAGGACGUGAAGUACGUGACGCAACAUUUCAGGUACACAUUUGUGAAGGAAAAGGUGAAGAGAAGUGCGAGGUAUUACUCACCAGGCUGGAGAACUUGGGCUGCAGUCGCCAUUCAAUUGGCUUGGAGAAGGUACAAGCAUAGGUUGACUUUGACUUCUCUGUCCUUCAUAAGACCUAGGAGACCCUUGUCAAGGUCCUCUUCCAUGGGAGAAGAUAGACUUCGCCUCUACACUGCCUUGUUAACCUCACCAAAGCCUAAUCAGGAUGAUUUUGACUUUUGACAACGCUAUGUGUGUGGCUGUGAUUUCAUUAAUAUUUGCUUACACUUUUAUAAUAAUAAGAUGAAAUUAAAUUAUAAUA